AGUUUGUGUUUGGAAAAAAAACCAUUGUGUAUGUUUGCUACUCAGUUAUGUAUUAAAAACCAUAAUGCAAAUUCUGAACGUAACAGUCUGGAGUUUUCUUGCUCUAAGUAUUAUUUUUAGUUGUGAUUGUCUGCGAAAAGACCCAGAUGCUGAAUCAAACUCAUCCAGAGCAGCGCGAUUGAGAGCACCAUGGGUAUACGAAAAGGAAUCAUUACGAACACGAUGGUGUCGAAUACUCUCCGGAACUUGGAGAGUCCUUUCGAGACAGAUUUCGAUGAGAUUGGGCAUUGUAAGACUCUCGAAAGUGUUUGCUGGCCUCAAUUUUAUUGAGCCUCCCAGUCAACAAGCGUCACCAUCACCCCCUUCCUCACCUAAGAGGGAAGAAAGGAAAAGAAACCGUCGAAACUUGAAAGAAAUAAACGACCGAUUAAUGUCAUAUUUUGUGACCGUCCCUAGAGAACGACAACUUCUUCUUGACUUGUUCGACUACAACGAGCUCAACCGCGCUCGUGCCCGGUCUCCGACGGAAUCAAAUAAUUUCCUGGAUAAAUUCUAUGUCACUGAGGAAGACUACCAGUCAAAUGACCCCCUUCCUCGAGACCGAACACCUGAAGAAAAACUGAGACACACCUGCGAGAACAAAUGCUCUCACAUCUACGGAUACCUCUACAAAUCCAUUCCCUCAGAUCCGACCGAUCCAGAUGGCAAAAACGCCCAGUAUACACAAAGGGCAAUUGUACCCAUCACCGUCGGUGAGAUACAGACCACCAGUGAAGGGUAUUUCCCAUUUAUGCGCCGACGCGUAAAAAAACCCCCGUCAGCAGAUAGUCUGUGCCAUUGCAAAACGACGCCAGAGUUUUGCGAUGCCCUGAAAGAGCACGGAAUCGAUUGCACAGAGUUCGAAACGCUCAAGAAUACCUCUUCGGUGGAAGCCAUGAAGUAUCUGAACGCCAAGAAGGACGAGCUGAAUAAGAAAGAGGGGAGGGUGGUAAUCGACGUUUUCAACCAUAAGACUUUGAUCCUCUGCGUGAAUAUGGAGAUGAUGAAGAAGUUUGAUGACCCCGUAUAUCACGGAGCGUCCGACCAGGUCAUCAAGAACGAAAUGAGGGGCACCCUUAUCGAUUCACCAGCGGAUUCAGAUUACUGGAUGGAUAAUGAAUUUUAGGAAGGAUCAUUGAAAACGAUGAGGAUAAUUAACAAAUUGUAAAAUUAAUGAAAUAUCAUAGAAUUAUUUUUAGUUGUACAAACUUGUUGAUUGCAUAAAAUUUAUAAAAAUGGGCCAGUUGCGCUGGUAACAGAAUCGUGUUUGGAUGCUAGAUUCU